GUCCCUCCAGUGCGGAGCAGCUGAUUUCCUACCGAGCACGGCAGCACAAACGGUGCAGAGGUAAACACGCCGCCCCCGGAUUUCUCUUUGCAACCAGAUAGCCUCUUUGCUUUUCGCAGGAUCAGUGUAGCAGUGACGCCCGAACAUUGCGCACUGCUCAGUAAUCGAGAUUAGACCGCUGUUCCGGUGUACAAACAAUCCUACUGUCAAGCAAAACAGAUAGCAGAGAGUCAGCUGCAGCCUGUGAUUCCCUCUGCUUCGCUUAUUUAUCUACGCUGCUUUUUUCUUGCUUUUUUUCGCCGAUGGUUGUUGGUGUUUCACCAGGGCCUGAUCUCAGGCGCUGUAGGCGACAGUAGCAGGUCAAAUGUUUCCACCCCGACGUUGGAGGGACACAUAAUGAACAUGGGCAUCACCCCUUCAGAGAUAUCCUCCUCCUCCUCCUCCUGCUCCUGCUCCACCACCUCCUCCUCCUCCUCCGCCUGACUGGUUGGCCACCUCUUCGUUAAUCCAAUUCAGGAGAUCAUCUUUCCAACCUUUUGCUGAGGUUACACCAUCAAGACGGCGCUAUCUCAGAAAGCCAGGGACAAUUUACCUUCAUUCAACCAAAGCACGCUCAAAUGUGAUUGGCCAAUACCACUCGGACUACAAACCAAAGCCUGUUUGAAUACCAAAAACUGGUCCAUUGCCUAAAGAAGAAGAGAUGUGUCAGUGAUUCUCGGUGGCGGUGAAGAUGACCACCGCACGGUACCGUCCCACCUGGGAGCUGGCCGUGGACCCCCUGGUCUCGUGUAAGCUGUGCCUUGGAGAGUUCCCUCUGGAGCAGAUGACCACCAUCACACAGUGCCAAUGUGUCUUCUGUACACUGUGCCUGAAGCAGUAUGUGGAGCUCCUGAUUAAAGAAGGCCUUGAAACUGCAAUUAGCUGUCCAGACUCUGCCUGCCCCAAAAGAGGACACUUGCAGGAAAAUGAGAUCGAGUGCAUGGUGGCCACGGAGAUGAUGCAGAGAUACAAGAAGCUUCAGUUUGAAAGGGAGGUGCUGCUGGACCCAUGCCGGACGUGGUGCCCUUCCUCGACCUGCCAGGCUGUGUGCCAACUAAAGGAAGCAGAUUCUCCUGCGCUGCCCCAGCUGGUCCAGUGCGCUGUCUGUGCCCUCGAGUUCUGCUCAGCCUGCAAGGCCAACUGGCACCCCGGACAGGCCUGCCAAGAGAACAACCUGCCCAUUACCUCCUUCCUACCAGGAGAAAACAGCUCUUUCUAUAAGAACGAAGAGGAUGACGCACCGAUCAAGCGAUGUCCCAAAUGUAAAGUUUACAUCGAGAGGGAUGAGGGCUGUGCACAGAUGAUGUGCAAGAACUGCAAACAUGCCUUCUGCUGGUACUGUCUGGAGUCCCUGGAUGACGACUUUCUCCUGAUCCACUAUGACAAAGGGCCCUGUCGGAACAAACUGGGCCACUCCAGGGCGUCUGUUAUCUGGCACAGAACACAGGUUGUGGGGAUCUUCGCUGGCUUCGGCCUGCUCCUGCUGGUUGCCUCCCCGUUCCUCCUCCUGGCCACUCCCAUCGUCCUCUGCUGCAAGUGCAAGUGCAGCAAAGGCGAUGACGACCCAUUGCCAACCUAAACACGCCAUCGGAUCUGGAGCGGAGAGCCGCUUCAUGGAUGGGCCAUGUUUUAUUUCCUUUUCACCCCCUUUCUGUUCUUCUCCUCCCACCAGCUUUGAGUGCUUCAUUUUUUUCCGGGCUGAGCCUGCAGCAGCCCCCGGCCGCUUUCAGGAUCCAUCGCUCUGCAUGAGAGAGGCAUGGUAGAAAAGCGACCCUGCAUCUCGGCCUGAAGAGAGGUGCAGGGUCAAAGGUCAGAGGAGGUCAGACUUGUCUAAGGACCACUGUGUUCUUGUUGGUGGUUUGGGGACGUGGAGGAAGUCUGGGCCACUUCGGGUGGUCCUGGUUACUGUGGUGUGGUAUGUCGGUGGGUGACUAUAAACAAAAGGAAAAGUCAAGGUUAAGAAUGCUUUUUCUCUUGUAUGGACAAUAUAAUGCAGGAGCCACCUUCGAAAGAACUUUUACUUUAUCGCUCUGUUUUUGUCGGUUUGUCGUACGCAACAAAAGCUUUCCCCCCACCACCACAGUCCAUGUAGCUCUACAGAUCAGUCAGUAGCAUUAGGUGUUCACUCAUGUUUGGUGUUCACUCGAUUUGCACACAGAACAUGAUUCCCACGUCAUGUUCACGACUGAGGUAGAGAUGGGAGGCUGUCGUCACUCUCAACUCAAUGUACAGCACGUCCUCUUGAUGAUGUCAAUGUUUUAUAACCUGUUGCUUUUAAUAGAACUGUGCUCAGAGUAGUGUCUAUGUGUUGUACUUUUGAGUGUUUUCCGAACUGUAAGGUACACUUAUUAAAGGGGAUUGCCACUCACAUUUAAAAUACACACUUACUUUCUGUGAUUAAAGUGACAAAGACUUGUUUUUUUCAACUCUCAGCUUUAGUUUUUUAACUCAUCCCGCCAGAUUCAUACUCUUAUACAUCUUUGUAAGAGAGAGAGUGAGAUUUUUAUCAUCUUGGAUCCAUAAAUUUCCCGAAAUUGAGUGGUGCUCCCCUUUAAGUUCAACAUUAUUUUAAAGUCCAUAAGAGGACUUUGUAUGCACAUGUUGUGGAACCAUUUUAAUACUACACUAAAAGAGAUGUCACUCCUUAAAAUUCUCAGUCCCCAGGUGGUGGUUUAGCCAAAUAGAAAUGAAUAGCCUUAAAUUGAGAAUAGCCAAAAUCAGGCAUUUCCCCCUGUGCUUUAAAAAGAGUUAGAGUCCAAAUAAUCCCAGGGAAAGCAUGUUUAACAGCAUUUUAACGCAGACAGUCAGUGAAGCCCUUUAUAUUCAGAUGAUUCUAUGAUGUCAUCCAUAUGCCACACUGUUAAUAGCCAUCCUGUAAAAACAAAAAACAAGUGGAAGAAGAAAAUCCAAUUGUCCUAACCUGAUGUUUUGUGUGAACUUGGGCCUGUAUUUCCUAAGCCUUUUCAGCAGGACCGCUGCAUCAUCACAGACGAUCUCAACUCUCAAGUCAGGUCCGAUCUCCCACUCUCUGAGGCUUAAUAAAUACCUGCCCAAAUUGCAAACUUGCAUAUGUUAGUGGUCCGAGUGUCGUUGUUUUGUUUUGUUGGUAGUUAGACCUCCAACAACAAGCAGCUAUUCCCUGCAAAAGGCGUCUGAAAAGCCUAUAGAGUAAAGAAUGUUCCAUUUUGGGGCACACAAUUAUGAAGCUGCUCUAUACUAUAUCACUUUAUCUAUGCAAGUUUGUACAUUACCAUUCUGAAAAAGGCUAUCGAUUGGUCAUGAGUUGGUUUAUAUAGUGAGAGCUGCAGAAUGUCACCAUAUAUGUGCAUAUCAUGGCUUUUAUUUAAUCAGGGAGAAACUAUCCAUUUUAAUUUCACCUUCGGUGUGCUGUUGUCUUUUUUUUGUUUUGUUAUUUUUAAGGUGUAUGAGCUUGAAAACCAGGACAGAGUUCGGCCAUUUUUUAUUUGUUAUUGUCUUCAUUUUUGGGCGUGAAUCUCAGCUUCACGUUAUGUUAAGUAAGUAAAGGAACAAAUGUGAAACUCUUUACCUAUAAACAAAUUUCAGCAAGUUUACCUAUGUUCUGUCAAAUCUCUUUUUUUUUUUAACUUGCAUAGCCAUUUUAAUGUUUCGAAUAAGCCAUUUACUACUGCUUACUUUCCCCUUCCUUCUGGUUGAACUAACCAGUCUUUAUGUAGCAUUUCAUAAGAAGUGUGGCUACAGUUACCAAAAAAAAAGAUCAAUAGUAAAAGUUAUACUGUGCAGGAUUCUCCCAAAAAAAACAAUGUAUAGACCUAUACAAAAAUUACACUGAUGACCCACUAGAAUUGUUUUGCAGAGACUCCUAUCUGCCGAAAAAACACAAAUAUAUGGUAACACUAGAUUAGGAAACCCAUAUUCAACAUUAAUUAGUUGAUUAUUAGCAUGCAAAUAAGUAACUCUAUAUUGGCUCUUAAUUAGUCAUUAUUAAGUAGUUAUGAAUGCCUUAUUCUGCAUGUCUUUAUUAUACAACCAGUAAGCCAUUAACUAAGAGUUUUCCCUCAAUAACCUCAGAAUUAUUGCUUAUUAUUAGUAGUAAGUAAGGAAGUUGUUGUAUAUGAUUUAUGAUCUUAAUAUGCUUUACUUUGUAUGGACUUUAUAAGUCUCUACAUAGCGGUGAACGAAACCAUGGAAACGGCAAAUAGCCACCUUCUCCAGACCUUUGACGUGAUUAAUCAAUUAAUCAAUUCGUCAACCAUUACUCUACAAAGCACUACACUUUGUUCCAAUGUUAGUCUACCAGUGACUCACUUUGUAGAGUAAUGAUUGAUAUUACAAUCUACCAAUCCUCAUCCAAAAGGAGCCACCAGACACGUCAAAGGUCUGGAGCAGGUGGGUAGUUUAUAACUACUUAAUAAUGACUAAUUAAGAGCCAAUAUGUUACUUAUUUGCAUGCUUAUAAGCAACUAAUUAAUGUUGAACCAAAUAUAUAUAGCGAGGCAAAAUGCCAAGCAGAUAAAGCUUGUUGCUUUCACUUUUUGUGAGCCGGUAAGGAGGGGCCAAGUUUGAAUGUUGUUUACAAACAGUAAGCAGCAGUUCCUGCAUAGUAUGCCUUUAACAACAGUAGCUAAACAGUAGCUAAUCUGCAACUCAUUCCAGUCUUCACAAAUUUAGCUCCAACAUUCAGUUCAAGAAUCCUAAUUAUUAGUAGCCUUACAUUUUGAGUACUUUACAUGUAGCCUGUGUUGCUUUCACUGACCUCACCAAUGUAUAAAAUUGAUAAUUUGGUAUCAAAGUCAGUCCAAUUUUCUACUUUUGAAGUUUGGUGCUUUCCCCCAAAAAUAGGUUAAAUUCCUCAAGCUUUUGUUGAUUUUAUGACAAUCGUGCCAAGCAGAUUUCCUGGAAGGGAUAAGGAAACAGAGCUGUCUACUGUAUGUGCAUUUUGACCAUGUAUUUGUAAUGUAAUAACCGUUUUUACAGGGUGGAAAAAUAUUUUAAUGCUUCUUUAUGUAAACGCUGCACUGUAUAUGGGUUUCAUUGUUUUCCUUCUUGAUAUGAUCUGUGAUGUGUGUGGUAUGGUGCCUGCUGUGUUCAACAGAGGAGUUUAGCAGCCGAAAUCAAUGUCUAUUCAAUAGAAAAAGUCAAUACAAACAUAUAUGAGAGAUUGCAACUGUACUUUAUAAGAGGUUUCACAAUGUAAUUCUAUCAGGGCUCUGAUAUCACCAGGAUGAAGAUUAAUUUCAAAUAGUGUAAAAUAUUCAUUUGAACACAAAACUAUCACCGUCAUCAAAGUCUUGAGCAGGCAGCAGUCGAACAAAAUCAUGGCCACUUCCAUUUUUUUACACAACAUUCUCCUUAUGUUUGCUGCCACCACUGAACAGGUAGAUACUGAAUUAUGCAACAAACAUAAAAGGGCCAAACAGCAAACAUUACAAUCAAAAUGACAAUGUUUCAUUGCAUAGUGUUUUCUAAACUAGAGGCUUGUCAGGGCUCCAGUUUAAGGCCUGUAAAACCACUUUAAGCAGAUAAAACAUCAGCACAGGUGUUGGAAUGGGACAGUUAAGGGCUUGCUUCUAAGAUAUGACCAUUAAUUGGGAAGCAAGGUCAAGUUUAUUUUACAAAAGCUCAAGAUCUACUUUGCAACUAUACUAAGAUCAAGUUUGGUUACGAGCAGCGAUUUAUAUUUUAUAACCGGUUGUGUCAAGAGAUGAAGCUGCAUGAUUUUUCUCUGACUUCUAUAUGUUAAAUAUUACAAUAUUGUAGCCUUUAAAGAUCUUUGGAAUGGUAGCGUUGUCACUCUGUCACUCUGGUUUUUAUUUUAGUUUGGAAAAAUCUGUUUUUGUGUUCAGCCAUAUGAUAUACAGAUUGGUCAGCCUUCCUCAGUUUGGCAGGUUGGCUUCAUGUGUCUGUUUCUUUCUUGUUAAUUUUUUUAUACGCCUGUUUUACAUCAUAGUUUGUUGUAUUUGCAUUAUCUGUUUUAAUAGGUGAAAUUUUCAGGCCUGAUUGGUCAAUUAAAUUUCAAUCAGUCACCUCACUAAGUGGGGUCUCGUCAGAGGAAAUGCUGUCUGCAUGCCAGACUUCUGUAUUUAGAGAUGAUAAACAAUUUCUCUAGUUUAUUCAGUAAUUGAAAGUUAAUUGACCUGGGUGAUACAAAGAUAUCAGCAUUGUAAAAUUACAUAUUUGGAUCAGUUCUGUACAACUUAGACUCGACAUCUCAGUAUAUCUACAGUUCCACUAACACUGUGACACCAGGUAUUAAAGGUUGUUGUUUUUUGUG